UUGGCAGUCUCUCUCCUCCAGCAGUUUCUCUGCAGUUUCCCGCCGCUUCAUCAUGGAUUUUGGGACUAAAACAGUCGCUGGGAUUAUCGCUCAGGUCGCCCUGCUUCUCUGCAGCUCGUCCAGGACAACCGGAGCAGAAGUGUGUGACAGCUCAUUGGUUUCCAAUCUGCCUCCAUCGUCCUUCAGAAGCUCGUCUCAGCUGUCCAGCAGCCACGCGCCGGGCUUCGCCAAACUCAACAGGAGAGACGGAGCCGGAGGGUGGUCUCCUCUCACCUCGGACAGGUACCAGUGGCUGGAGGUCGACCUCGGCGAGCGGACCAAGAUCACCGCCGUGGCGACGCAGGGACGCUACGGCAGCUCUGAUUGGCUGACGUCGUACCUGCUGAUGUUCAGCGACACGGGACACAACUGGAAGCAGUACAGACAGGAGGACAGCAUAGGGUCCUUUCCAGGUAACAGUAAUGCCGACAGCGUGGUUCAGUACAAGCUGCAGCAGCCGACCGUCGCCCGCUUCCUCCGCCUCAUCCCUCUGGACUGGAACCCCAGCGGGAGGAUCGGACUCCGGCUGGAGACCUACGGAUGUCCUUACACCUCUGGUGUGGUGAGUUUGGACGGCAGCAGCAGCCUGGUGUUCAGGUUGAGCCCCAGCCCGAGGCAGGCGUCCAGAGAGGUCGUCUCUCUGAAGUUUAAAACCCUGAGGAAUUCUGGGAUGCUGCUCCGUGCAGAGGGAGAGGACGGGCUGGGACUCAGUCUGGAGUUAGAGAGAGGAAAGCUGCAGCUGCUGCUCAGACAAGGCAGCACUUCUUCCUCUGAACCCCGGCGUCUCGCCUCCCUCGGCAGCCUGCUGGAUGAUCAGCAUUGGCAUCAUUUAGUGCUGGAGCGGCGCAGCUCUCGCCUCAACCUCACCGUGGACAAACACACGGAGAGGAUUCAAAUCCCUGCAGAGUUCAGCCACUGGGACAUCCAGCAGCUGAGUGUGGGGACAGUCCAGAGCCUCGUUUCUCAGGAACCAGUCGUCUCUAAGAGGAAUUUUCAUGGCUGCCUUGAAAACGUGUUGUUCAACGGCCUCAACUUGAUAGAGUUAGCCAAACACAAAGACCACCAAGUGACCCUCAUGGGCAAUGUCACCUUUUCUUGCGCUGAGUCGGUUUCCGUCGCCGUGACUUUUCCCGGCCCCCAGAGCUUCCUCCAGUUGCCGGGGGCGACAGCAGCAUCGUCGUCGUCAGGGGGCUUGUCCGUCGGGUUCCAGUUCAGGACGUGGAACAAGGCGGGGCUUCUGCUCACCUUCGACCUGCCUCAGGAAGGGGGCGUGGUCUGGCUCUACCUGAGUGAGGCCAGACUGCGGCUGCAGAUCCAUAAAGCUGGCAGGGCACUGCUGGAGCUCAGUGCAGGUUCUGCUCUGAAUGACGGUCAGUGGCAUUCGGUGGAGCUGAACUCCAGGCGCGGUCGUCUGAGCAUCAUCGUGGAUAAAGAGGAAGGAGGCAGCGCUCACGCCACUCCCUCAUUUCCUGUCGCUGUAAAAAGUCACCUCUUCUUUGGUGGUUGUCCUCCUGAAAACCAUAGGCAGGAGUGCAGAAACCCCUUCAAUGUCUUCCAGGGCUGCUUGCGUCUCUUGACUUUGGACGACCGACUCGUGGACCUGAUCCUGGUGCAGCUAAAGCAGCUGGGAAUCUACAGCAACCUGCAGAUAGAUAUGUGUGGAAUCAUUAACAGGUGUUCUCCCAGUCGCUGUGAACAUGGCGGCCGCUGCAGUCAGUCCUGGACCGUCUUCCACUGCAACUGCUCCGACAGCGGCUACAGCGGAGCCACCUGCCACAGCCCUGUGUACGAACAGUCCUGCGAGGCGUACAAACACAACGGCAACACGUCGGGACCUUUUUACAUCGACGUGGACGGCAGCGGACCAAUCAAACCGCAGCUGGUGUACUGCAACAUGACAGAGGAGAACACAUGGAUGGUGAUCCAGCACAACAAUACCAAGCUGACCAGAGUGCGACCGUCUCCAGACAUCAACCAGCUCUCAGUUCACUUUGACUACUCCACUGAAGAGGAGCAACUAUUGGCCGCCAUCAGCCAAUCAGAGUACUGCGAACAGGAACUGUCCUACCACUGCAGGAAGUCCCGCCUCCUCAACACUCCAGAGGGCUCACCGAUCAGCUGGUGGCUCGGGGGUCCCGGUCCCGGUCGAGUCCAGACGUAUUGGGGCGGAGCUCAGCCGGGCAGCCAGCAGUGUGUGUGUGGCCUGCAGGGAGACUGUGUGGACCCUCAGCACUACUGCAACUGUGACGCCGACCGCAUGGAGUGGACUGAAGACUCGGGGCUGCUCAUCCACAAGGAGAGCCUCCCCGUCCGGUCUCUGGUGCUGGGUGACGUCCGGAGGCCGGGGUCAGAGGCCGCCUACAGGGUGGGACCGCUCCGUUGUCAUGGUGACAAGAACUUCUGGAACGCUGCGUUUUUUGACAAGGAGACGUCGUACCUCCACUUUCCCACCUUCCACGGAGAGCUGAGCGCGGAUAUCUCCUUCCUGUUUAAAACCACCGCCUCCUCCGGUGUGUUCCUGGAAAACCUGGGCAUCAAAGACUUCAUCCGGAUCGAACUGAGCUCCUCCACUCGGGUGGUUUUCUCUUUCGACGUCGGUAACGGGCCGCUGGAGGUUCACGUGGAGUCGAUCGCGCCGCUGAGCGACAACCGGUGGCAUCGGGUCCGAGCCGAGAGGAACGUCAAAGAGGCGUCGCUGCGGCUGGAUGGACUUCCUGUCGCCACUCAGGAGGCUCCGGCUGACGGACACCUCCACCUGCAGCUCAACAGCCAGCUGUUCAUAGGAGGCACAGCGUCCAGGCAGAAGGGCUUCCGGGGUUGUAUCCGCUCCCUGCAGCUGAACGGCAUCACCUUGGACCUGGAGGAACGGGCGGAGAUCACCCCCGGGGUCCGGCCCGGCUGCCCGGGUCACUGCAGCAGCUACGGCUCGCUGUGCCAGAACCAGGGCCGCUGUGUGGAGAGAGCCAGCGGCUUCCACUGUGACUGCGGCCUGUCGGCGUACACUGGAGUCUUCUGCCAUACAGAGUUGUCGGCCAGCUUCCAGUCGGGGACGUCGGUGCGCUACACCUUCAAGGAGCCGUAUGAGUUGAGCAGGAACAGCAGCGCCCUGCCGUCCUCCAUCUACUCGGACCUGACGCUGAGAGGAGAGAACGUCUCUCUGAGCUUCAGGACCAACCAGAGUCCGGCUCUGCUGCUCUACGUCAGCUCCUACCACACCGAGUACCUGGCCCUGCUCAUCGACAAGCACGAUAAGUUGGAGGUGAGGUACAAGCUGGACGGCAGCAGAGACGCUGUGGUGUUGAAGAGCAAAGUGAAGAGUCUGGCCAACGGACAACUACACACCGUCGCCAUCAGGAGACUGACGGACACUGUGUCUCUGCAGAUCGACAAGAACCCCAGAGAAGACUUCAACCUGACAUCUGACGGAGAAUUCAACGCCAUUAAGUCGCUGGUGCUGGGCAGAGUGCACGAAUCUGCUGACCUGGAUCCAGAUCUGUCCAGGUUGGCGUCUCUGGGUUUCACCGGCUGUCUCUCGGUGGUCCGCUUUAACUCCAUCAGCCCCCUGAAAGCUGCUCUGCUGCACCCGGACACCAGCCCCGUCGUCAUCUCCGGACCUCUGCUGCAGUCCAGCUGCGGCUCCUCGGCUGCAGCCAAUCCCUCCGCAGCGGAGAACACACACCACCUGUCAGACCAGUCUGGGUCAGUGGGUUCAGGUCAACCUUUAGUCAAUGCCAUGCGGACUGACUCUGCUCUGAUUGGAGGUGUCAUAGCGGUGGUGAUCUUUGUGGUUGUGACCGUCCUGGCGAUCACGGGCAGAUUCCUCUACCGGAGAAAAGAGACGUACCGGAACCAGGAAGUGAAGGGAGUCAAACGGGAAGACAGCCAGGAUUUCCAUUUCAACAACCAGACUGACCCCCAGAGCGUCUCCUCUGAAAACCCAAAGGAGUAUUUCAUCUGACUGCAGGCCUGAUGACCCGGUGACACGCCUCGGGACUUUGCCCUUCUCUCAGAGACACUCAAGAGACUCCACUCCAGCGGCUCCGCAGGAUCUGGAGGCAGAACAGUUCACACAGAUUUGUGCGUCUGUUGCUUUACUGUAAAUUGUGAAUAUACUUAUACAACAGUGUUGGAGUUAUGAGGUGUUAUCCUUGUUUCAACUGUAAAUGCUCAAAAAUGUAAAUGUUGAUUUAAUGUCUUUGUAUGACUCUCUGACUAAUGUCACAAUGAAAUAAUGGAGGUUUCAGUAGAAUCCUCUUGUGGUCGGGUGUUCCUUAUGACUGAGAUGGGUACUCGUAUGUAAAAGACUUGACAUUGACUGGAUGUUGUUUUUUAUCAGACAGUAUUUAUUUGUUUGUGAUCAUAUGAUUUCUCCUAUUUUACAAAGUCAUCCACAAACCCUCCAUGGAUUUAUUCAACCUCCAACAACUUGGAGGUUGAAUAAAUCCCCCUCUAAAGGAAGAAGCUUUCACAUUGUCAGAUCUUUGGUGGGAAAAUAACUUGAGUAAAUAUUAAAGUAAAUGUGCUUCAGUUUGGGCAAAUUUUCUGUCACUAUAUUCCAAAUAUGAGUCAGAAUUUAUGAGCUGAGUCUUGGAUCUACUAUGCUUUAACUCGUUGUUUUUGCUGCUGGACUCACAGAUUUUCUUAUUGGUUACCCUUGAAGCAAACAGGCAUCUGCUUUAAACUAAAAUAGCUUAAGAGACACUAUGUUCCCAGGACCAAAACACACCAAGACACAGGUAAAGAUUACCUUGUGAACACUGAAAAACUGAACCAUUGACUUGAAUUAAAUUAAAUUUGUUGGGUCAACAAAUGUCACAUAACUGUAUUAGGUUAGUUGAAACCAAUAUAAUUACGUUUAAAUAAAAAGUAUUAGGUUCAACUUUAUAUUAUUGCUUUCAACUAAACUAAUACAGUUGAGUGACAUUUCUUGACCUAAUAUAUUUAAUUAGAGUGCUUAGUGGAGCAUUCAGGAGUCUGUGGAGAUGGUGUCCCUGUGUGUUUGGAGCUUCUUGCUGCGUCUUUAAACAACCCUGAGUUUUCAAUGAUAGCGUGAACAAUGUUUAAAUUAUGAUCGUUCACUUUAACAAUUCAAAUCAGUAAGGCAAUAUCAGUCAAAAUAAUCGCUAUUUCUUCCAAAUCGUGCAGCCCUCAUAAACAAAUAUUUGAAAAAAUGGAUUAUCUGGGAUUUAUUGAAAAUCUUAAAGAAAAUGACAUUGUGGCUAGGAGGUGGGAUCAUUGAGAAACGUCCACAGGAAAACUGUCAUAUUGUCAUUAUAUGUCUCCAAACUGCAAACAGACAUCUGACGCCACCAACUGUUCAUCUACAGCGUAUCAAAAUGUAAUGCCGCCUGAGAAGUUCUUAUCCAAACAGAGAAAUGAAGCCGCUUCUCACACACACACACACACUAUCACGUGAGGGGGAAUUCCUUCUGUCCCAAACUACUCUGGAUUCAUUUUUGUAAAUUAAUGUUUAAAUGUUUUAUUUACAGGAGCAUUUAGGUAAUUAUUGCCCCAUCUUUUUCCCUUCUAAACAUGGAGGCACAAACUCACUUCUAUGAACCACGAUCAUUUCAGGACUCCGUCCGAAGAAGGAUUUUCAUCAAGUUGCACCCACACUUCCCCGCUGAAUGCCGCCUGCUGGGAGCUUCCUCUCCCCGUUGUACAGACUCUAUAGCACUGUGACUGUCUGUCUCCUCAUCCCCUGCACACACACACACACACACACACACACACACACACACACACACAGCUCAUGUGUUUCUGAAAUGCUAAUCUGCUGCGGUCUGACAGGUGGAUUGUGACUGGAUACAGGACAGAAAGAGAAUGAGACGCAAAGAUGAUCCAAUAGACAGGCCGACACGAUGAAAACAGCCUGAUAUUUACACUUGAUGGAUCAAAUGGAGCAAACCCCCCCACCUCCCACAUGUGUUAAUUCAACUCGUGUGUAAAGAGAGUGGCUGAUCGAGGGAGGACCAGGAGAAAGAGGAGCAGCUGUUUAUCAAACUCGCACCGCCGCCUCUCUGAGACCCCGAAGCACAGAUGGGAUUUUAAUGACAAAAGUUGCUAAUAGUGUCUUCAAACUUUUGUGUUUGUUUCCACCAAACAACAACAAGUGCUGAUAGGAUCUCUGCUGCAAAGCAUGUUUCUGCACUACAAAAUAAAUGUUCAGGGUUGGUACAGAAGGGAAGAAAGCAUAUUCGUUUUUACAAGGGAAGUUAUUGGGUGUGCCUCUAUAGGGCCGAGUGAAAACAUGUACCAGAUCUUAAUCAGCAAACAGACUUUUGGGGAUUUGGAAUCAAGUUUCCUGUUAUCAUCAAUAAAUACAAACAUCAUGUCUGCAUAUUUGGAUCUGUCAAUGUUCCCCUGGACAACUAAAAUCAUUGCUGGGCAUUUCAUUUUCAGGUGUUGCUGACAGUAUUUUGGUUUUCCUCUGGUAACAUUUGUACUGAAUGGAUCUCAUUGUCACUUAAAUUACGUUUAAUUGUUCCUUGUUUUGGUGAAUAACAGUGAUGUAAGUGAGUUUGAGUGACAUGCCAUAAAAAAAACAGACAAUUCCAACCAGUUUU